AUGGCUUCGCUCUCAAUCGGAAUCGCCUUCGCGAACACCGUCCGUACAGUUCCGAGAAUCAAUACACGGAGGAGCAAAAUCUCCUGCGAAUGGGAUCCGAAAGGGAUUCUAGGUCCGGCGCAAACGGGUCACAUCGCUCGGCUUGAGUUUAAGCGUCGCCUAGAGAGAGAUUCGGAUGCGAAAGAGGCGUUUCAGAAACAAAUCCGCGAGGAGAAAGAGCGUCGUCAAGCUCUUAGACAAUCUAGAGUUGUUCCAGAUACUGCGGCGGAGCUGAUUGAGUACUUUCUUGACACUGAAGCUCAGGAGAUUGAGUUCGAAAUCGCUAGGCUUAGAGGAAGGUUAACCGACGAAUUCUUUGCACAGAUUCGACUUGAAAUUGGGCAAAUCCGGUUUGCUGUUACAAAGACUACGGAAAAUGAAGAUAGAUUGAUUGAGCUUGAAUCACUUCAAAAAGCCUUAGAAGAAGGAAUAGAGGCUUAUGACAAAAUGCAAAAGGAGCUUAUGACGGCUACAAAUAGCUUAACCAAGAUCUUAACCUCAACCGAUAUCAAAGCGACUUUGUUGGAUAUGGUGGAGAAAAACGAAAUCAACAGAUCUUUGUUGACACUUCUUGAUGAAAAUAUAGCAAAUGCAUACAGAGGAGACCAGAAAGAAGCAGGAGAUUACAUGGAGAAAGUACGUGCUUCGGUUCUAAAGUACUUGACUGUGUAG